CGACGACUCUCAAGUCUUUGAGCUCGAUUCCAAGUCAAGUCUAGAGUCUUUGAGGGGCAAGUUCAAGUCAAUUCUCAAGUCUUUUGCCAGAAGUCCAAGUCAAGUCUCAAGUCUCUGGCCAUCUGGUCUGGUAAGGGAUAAUGUAUAGAACACCGGUCAUUAUCGGGAGAAUAAGGCUUAUUUACAAUAAUGAUCGCGGACGUUCUAUGCAUUAUUCUGCUUAUUAUACGGCUACUUGCCAAAACAAGAAAAGUAACUUCACACUCUGUGUCUUUUUACAAUUGAUUUGUUACCAGCAUUCGUAGUGUUGAUCAGCAGCGAUAUAGUCAGCCAAAGACGUUGACGUUGCUUAGCAACCAAGGAUGCUGGGGUUGAUAAGUUACCGGACUACUUGCGGAGUAAUACGACUGACGGCAAAAAAUCCACUUUCCUUAACAGCGGUCAUUGUAUGCUUAGCAAUAUGCUUCCAAAAAAAAUUCACUGCUGGAAGUUUUGAAGGCCCAUGCAAGUGAACGGAGCGUUCCGCAGCAUUGAGAAGAGCCGUUUAAUAAAUAACGAUAGUCACAUACAUUAUUCGAUAUUCUACGUGACUCAGACUAUUCAACUAUUCGGCGAUCGUUGCCCAUCCCUAAUACAAAUACACCAAUGAACUUAGAUUUAAAGCUAUAAUUGCAUGACUUGACAAGUCUCGAAGCUCGAGUCCGAGUCAAGUCUGAAGUCUUUUGGGUGGAGUCACAAGUCAAGCCUGAAGUCGCCGUUUGUGCGACUUUAGUGCGACUCGAGUCCGAGUCUCAGACUCGAAUCCCCAUCUCUAUUGUGUGUGUUUGUGCUUUAGUAUUACGUUCUUAACUACCCCCCAGAACGGAAGUCUCCUGAUGAGUGGGUCUCAAUUUCCCAUCAGGCAGAAAUGUUGCCCGGAUAGCCAGAUAACAAGGACCUUAACAGCUUCAUUAAGGCGUCAGCAUUGUAGAGGUACUGUCUGAAAGAACCGCUCCCAAAAGUUUGUACUUCCUCAAAUUCCGAACUCCGUAGCCCCCUAGCCAGGAGGGACACAGACUCCUCCACCCACUAUUUUCUCAUUUUCUGAGGCUCAAUGCACACCUUGAUAACAACUAGAACUAAAUUACAGAUACCAGUUGUGCGUCUCUGAAUAGUGAAUUUGUUGGUCUGGUUCGUCUGCCCUACCCUGAGCCACGUGAUGCAGCUGUUUCAUGAGGUUGAAGUCUGGGAGAUAAGCCUUAUAUAACUACCAGCGUUAACUCAAUAUUAAAACACAAACCAUAAUAGCACAUAUAACCUGGACCCACAGGGAGAGUGUUGCUUUUAUUUCUUUAUUUUUUUCUUUAAAGACUGUGUAGAAAAUUACCAGCAUCAGGACAAGUCAAGUAAACUGUUUUUACAUAUCUCUUACUCCCAGUCUGGUUGUGCACCGGCCAUUGGUCUGUGUUUUGUCAUAUAUUCUGUUUUCAAUUAUUUUUAAAAAAAACACAUCAACGCAUUUGAAUUACAGCGCAUGAAUGCCCCCAAAGCCAGAGUGUGGAACUUGAACCGUUAUUGAACUGUGUCCGUGGGGGCAGUGCCAGCUGCCAGGGGAGGAGCCAGGUGUUGGGGAAGGAGAGGAGAGGACAUCUUGUUAAGGAAAUACAACUUACGGUAAUAAUAAGGGAAUCAUUUUGGAAAAAAAUGUCUAAGAAACAGAAACCACAAAAAGGUGAGUAAAAAAGCACAACUUUGAGAGAAGUCAAAUCCUGUUUACAGUUAUGGAAUAACAAAAGUAAUGGUAUUGCUCAAUACAUAUAGCUUCUUGUCUGCGUCUAGGAAUGGCCUCUGAAAACACUUCCUGGUCUGAGGAGAACUUUUCAUGUUCCAUCUGCCUGGAUGUGUUCAGCAGUCCAGUUACCACGCCAUGUGGACACAACUUCUGCAGAACCUGUAUUACUAUGUUUUGGGAUGAACAAGUCCAGCACAAAUGUCCUGUUUGCAAUGACCUUUUCAACGCGAGACCUGAUUUACGGGUCAAUAUCCUCUCAUCAGAGAUGAUUGAUCGGUUUGGAACUUCUGUACGAGUAAAAGAGCAGCCUUGUGUUGGACCAGCAGAAGUUCCCUGUGACGUCUGUACUGGGACCCAGCUGAAGGCUUUGAAGUCCUGCCUAGAGUGUUUCAUGUCUUUCUGUCAAACCCACCUGGAGCCACAUCAGAGAGUCGCAGUCCUGAAGAAACAUCGGCUGGUCGAGCCUAUGGACCGUCUGGAUGACAGGAUGUGUAAGAAACACGACCGACUUCUGGAGCUCUUCUGCCAGACUGAACAGGUGUGUGUGUGUCAGUUCUGCACAGAGAAAGACCACUGGUCCCAUCCUGUUGUACCUUUAAAGGAGGAAUAUGAAGUGAAGAUGGCCCAGCUGGGAAAGAUGGAGGCUGAAGUUCAGCAGAUGAUCCAGGAGAGACAAAGAAAUAUUCAGGAGAUUAAAGACACAGCUAAACGCAACCAAGCCAAUGCAGACAGAGAGAUUGCCGAUGGUCUGCAGGUCCUCACCGCUCUGAUGCGCUCCAUUGAAAAGUGCCAGGAGGACCUUAACCAAAUGGUUAAUGAGAGACUGAAAUCCACAACGAAACAAGCUGUAGGCCACAUCAGAGAGCUGGAGCAGGAGGUAGAAGCUCUGACCAAUAGAAGCUCAGAGAUGAAGCAGCUCUCACACACUAAAGACCACCUCCACUUCCUCCAGGCCUUCAGAUCCCUGAAGAAUCCUCCACCCGCCAGGGACUGGACAACGGUGGAGGUCCGUCCUCCGUCAUACGUAGGGACCUUGAGGAGAUCCCUGGAUCAGCUGGAGGAGACACUGAACAUGGAAAUGAAGAAGCUGUGUGAUGCUGAACUGAAGAGGGCCCAGCAGUAUGAAGUAGAUGUGACUCUGGAUCCCGAUACAGCUCAUCCCAGUCUCAUCCUGUCUAAUGAUGGGAAACAAGUACAUGAUGGAGGUGUAGGGAAGAAACUCCAAGACAACCCGAAGAGAUUUACAAAGUAUGUAUAUGUUCUCACGAGGCAGAACUUCUCUUCAUGGAUAUUUUACUUUGAGGUCCAGGUCAAAGACAAGACUGCAUGGCGUUUGGGAGUGGCCAGAGAGUCCAUCGACAGAAAAGGUCUGAUCAUAGUGAGCCCUGAGAAGGGUUACUGGACACUUUACUACGACGAGGAUGGGAUGGUGUUUAAUGGUAACACUGCUUUCCGUCUUCCUCUGAGAGCUGAGCUCCAGAAGGUGGGGGUGUUUGUUGAUUAUGAUGAGGGUCUGGUCUCCUUCUAUGAUGUGGAAGCCAGGGUUCAUAUCUACUCUGCUACUGGCUGUAACUUUAGAGAGCCUCUCUAUCCAUUCCUCUGUCCAUGUGAUCAUGAGGGUGGUACAAACUCUGCCCCCCUGAUCAUCUCACCUGUCCACUCAUCCAGGAUUGGCGUCCCCACGGUGAUCGCCGUGACAACGCUGAGCAUCGGCGCCAGGAACUCGCUGCCCAAGGUGGCGUCCGGCGUCGCCAUGGGCCGGUUCAUCAGCGCGUGCCACGCCGGCCUUCGAAUGGCCUCUGCUAACAAUGCCUGGUCUGAGGAUAACUUCUCAUGUUCCAUCUGUCGGGAUGUGUUCAACCAUACAGUUACCACACCAUGUGGACACAAUUUCUGCAGAACCUGUAUUACUAAAUUCUGGGAUGAACAAGUCAAGUACAAAUGUCCUGUUUGCGACAAGCUUUUCGACACAAGACCUGAUCUACAGGUCAAUACUCUCUUAUCAGAGAGGGUUAAUCGCUUUGGAACGUCCGUACGAGUAAAAGAGCAGCCUUGUGUUGAACCAACAGAAGUUCUCUGUGACUUCUGUACUGGGACCCAGCUGAAGGCUGUGAAGUCCUGCCUAGUGUGUCUUAUCUCUUACUGCCAAACCCACCUGGAGCCACAUCAGAGAGUCGCAGGCCUGAAGAAACAUCGGCUGGUUGAGCCUAGGGACCGUCUGGAAGAAAGGAUGUGUAAGAAACACGACCGACUUCUGGAGCUCUUCUGCCAGAAUGACCAGGUGUGUGUGUGUCAGUUCUGCACAGAGGGUGACCACAGGUCCCAUCCUGUUGUACCUCUAAAGGAGGAAUAUGAAGUGAAGGCAGCCCAGCUGGGGAAGAUAGAAGCUGAAGUUCUGCUGAUGAUCGAGGAGAGACGAAAAAUUAUUCAGGAGAUUAAAGACACAGUUAAACGCAGCAAAGCAGAUGCAGACAGAGAGAUUGCCGAUAGUGUGCAGGUCCUCACAGGUCUGAUGCGCUGCCUUGAAAAGUGCCAGGAUGAUCUCAACCAAAUGGUUAAAGAGAGACUGAAAUCCACAGAAAAAAAAGCAGAAGAAUUCAUCAAAGAGCUGGAGCAGGAAAUAGAAGAUUUGACCAAUAGAAGCUCAGAGGUGAAGCUGCUCUCCGGCAAUAAAGACCACCUCUACUUCCUCCAGACCUUCAGAUCCCUGAAGAAACAUGCGCCCACCAGGGACUGGACGACGGUGGAGGUCCGUCCUCCGUCAUACGUAGGGACCUUGAGGAGAUCCUUGGAUCAGCUGGAGGAGACACUGAACAUGGAGAUGAAGAAGCUGCGUGAUGCUGAACUGAAGAAGGUCCAGCAGUAUGAAGUAGAUGUGACUCUGGAUCCUGAUACAGACCAUCCCAGUCUCAUCCUGUCUGAGGAUGGGAAACAAGUAUAUCACGGAGGUGUAUGGAAGGAACUCCCAGACAAUCCUAAGAGAUUUUCAAAGAAGUUUUAUGUUCUCACGAGGCAGAGCUUCACCUCUGGGAGAUAUUACUUUGAGGUCCAGGUUAGAGACAAGACUAUAUGGCGUUUAGGCGUUGCCAGAGAGUCCAUCGACAGAAAAGGUCAGAUCAGAGUGACCCCUGCGACGGGUUACUGGAUUAUUACUUUCAACGACGAUGUGUUGGGAUUUAAUGAGGUCCCUGUUGUCCGUCUCCCUCUGAGAGGUAAGCUCCAGAAGGUGGGGGUGUUUGUUGAUUAUGAUGAGGGUCUGGUCUCCUUCUAUGAUGUAGAUGCCAGGGUUCAUAUCUACUCUGCUACUCGCUGCACCUUUACUGAGCCUCUCUAUCCAAUCCUCAAUCCAUGUACACGUUGUGAUGGUAGAAACUCUGCCCCCCUGAUCAUCUCACCUGUCAAUCAAACAGACUAGGACCUUUGUUUGAUAAUAAAUUAAUAAAUACUUCAAUAAUCAAUGACUAAUGUUGUUACCUGAAUUAGAAUAUGUACCAUUUGAGAUCUUAGAGAACUGUAUUUAUAUCAUAAUGUACGCUGUCAUUCGACAAGGAUAAUUUUAUUAAGAGACUUACACAAAGCAAGCAUAAUAAACUCAUAAAUUAUUAAAUAACUG